AUGCUGCUAUUUUUCCUGCUGGCCAAGGACCUCAAGCGGGGUCCGGCUCACACACACCACGGCAGCCCGGGCAGCGCUAGCACCAAGGACCUAAGGGUCGGGCAGGGCCCGGCCAGGACGCCUCGUAAAUCAUUUUUUCCCCCCAACACACGUGCCGCCCGCCGCCCGAGGACGGCCGGCCGCAGCCCGGGUUGGCGAGCGGGGGAGCAGAGAGCCGCCCGCUGGCGCCACAGCCCCGGGGACGCGCGGGACGGACCACGCGCGCCCCCGCCAAGCCCCGGCCGACGAGGCAGCACGGAGAGUGACACGGAAGGCGCGCGCACACACGGGCGCGCGCGCCGGCCCCCAACACCAACGAACGACGAACCGCCAGCCCGGCCGGGCGGGACCCUCCCCCGACACGGAGCGGGGAGGCGCGGGCCGCGGCCGUUAGGGCCGGAAGAGCAGCGCCCCGGUCCCCACCGCGGGGGCCGGCAGACCCACCCGCACAACUGCGCUCCCCCGACAGAAGGGGAAGCGGGGCGCACGGGUGGGACGGCGGCCGAGGAUAACGGUACCCGGUCAGAAGGCGCGCCCCUCUCGGAUCGCUGGAGGAGGCUCUCCUCACGAAGGUGGGCCACACCCGCCCCAGCCGCCCCACGCCGGGCCGGCAGGAGGCAGCCGAGGGAGCGCCACCCCAGACCGAUCGGGCGAGGCAAGAAGCGGCACCUCGAGCAUCCGCGGCCAGGGCCAGCGCAGGCUGGGCUCAUCACCAAUCCCGUUCGCCACAGCCCCUCCGGCGCCCGCGCUCCUCAGGCCCCGGAAGCGCACGGGUACACGAUAAACGGGGAGCGGGACCGGACCACACCGCGACCGCUCGACACACCGGGCACGCACCACCCCGGCGGGCCGGUGGCGAGCGCGCAGGCUUGCGCCCGCCAAGCCGAUACCCCACCGACGUGGGGACGGCACGACACCGGCAGCCUCCCUCCAGCCCAGCGAGGCACCCACGGGUCUCCCCUUCUCUUACCGCUCGACCCCCCAAGACUCCCAAGGGGCACGUGCAGCAGCAACACCCGGGAGAGGACGCUGGGGGACAGGAGCAACGCCACCACUGGGCUUCAGGCACCUGAGGCACGACCUGGAUCGCUCCAGGGCCCCGAACGGGCUUGCGUGGAGGCAGGGCGAUGGCGAGGGAUGCCCGCCAUGGCACAGGACCCCGACCCCCCGCCAUCGCCACGAGGCAGAAGGCAGGAGAGCGGAGCUCAGCGACCUUGGCCAUGA